AUGAAGGCAAAUCUUCCCUCCCUAUAUGAAACGCAUAGAAAUACUACAACUUUUGUUCUUGCUCUCAUUGAAUGUUUUAUUCAUCGCGAGGCAGCAUCCUUUUUUAACAAACAAUUUGCAAAAUUACUCUUUUUGUUUAUUUCAUUUUCUCAAAAGGCCAAAAAGUUUGCUGUCCCUAAGCGUUCGGGGAAUAAUCCUUAUUUUGAUCCAAAAAUUCCAUCAUGUGUUGCCUGUGAAAAAGAAUACCCUUCCAUCGAUUCAUGUACGGAAUCAAGUGAAAUUUUUCAAAAUGCUUCUUAUGUUUUAUUUGAUCCUCUACAAUUGAUUGAUGCAAUUCGUUGUUCUUGCACUGACACGUUCUUAUCCGUAUAUCCGCUUUGUGUAGAAUGUUUUCGAAGAACAGGUCAGCCGGAUACCUUAUUGAAUACAGAAGUUCCUCCAACGAUAGAAAAGAUUAGAGGAAUUUGUCAGACUAUGAGUGCAACAAAUGGAAAUGCUAGUAAUUAUGAUGCUACGGCUACGGUGACCCCUUUAAGUCCAUCCGAUCGCCCUUGGAUGGAUUCUGCUAAUUCGUUUAAAGGGAUAUUAUGGCUCAUAAAUUUCAUCGUGUUCAUUUCAACAGGCAUGUUAUUAUUACAAUGUUUGGAUUAA